CUCCACUCCGGCGCCAUGACGGGCCCCAGCGCGGCAGUGCUCAGGAAGGUUGCAGAAGACGCAGACGUGGACACGUUGAAGGUUUUGCUGGAAGCCUCUAGCAAUCCUGCAGAGCUGCUGGGCCAAGCAGACGGCCAAGGGCAAAGCCCCCUUCACUUGGCUGUACGUGCACGGCCUGGCGAUGAGGCCCUCGCCACGGUGUCCUCCCUGCUGGCGUUUCGGGCCCCGUUGGAGCAGCAGAAUGACCGUGGGGAGACGCCGCUGGUGCUGGCUGUGCGGACCGCCUUGGCUGCUGGUGUGGGCGAGGGUCCUUGGCUGCUGCCAGUGCAGCUGAUUCUGGAGGCCCGAGCUGCGGCUGGCGCGGCAGACAAGCGGGGCCGCACUGCGCUCACCUACGCAGCAAGCGCUGGUAGCCUCCCGCUCUGCCGGGCGCUGCUCAGCUUCCGCGCGGAGCCUCGCCAGGCCAACGCCUCCGGCGCCACGGCUGAGAGCCUGGCGCGGCGCCAAGGCCACCAAGAUGUGCUUGAGCUUCUGUCGCAGGAGCCAUCGAAGCCCACGCCGAAGCCGGCAAAGCCGCCAGCCAGCGAGACCUCGGCGCGCCGGCGGGAGUGCGAAGCUGCGAAACUCCCGGUGGACUGGUGCCGCAACGAGCAGCAGAUGAUGGAGUUGAGAAGCUACUGGCAGAAGUGGAGCCUUGUGUCCAUGCAGCAACUGAUGCAGGAGUGCAAAAUGCAGCGCAUCAACUCCGACAAAGUGCCUCGGAGCGAGGAGCUGCUAUCGCGCUUAGUGCUACACCAUGCUUGGGAGCAGAUGUCGGAUGACCAGCUGCAAGACGCUUGCUUUGCUCGAGGAGUACCUGUUCCCAAGUCGAGUUUCAGCUCAGCUUAUUCUGUAAAUCGGGAAGCUGAUCGAACGGACAUCAUCUUCCGUUUGAAGGAGGCCGUCUUUGGUCUUCGUCCAGGUGAGUUCGGUCCAUUGCCAGUGGCGCCAGAUGAUGCCAAGAGACCCAGCGGCUAUGCGCCAAAGUUUGCGCCAAAGCCUGCGCCAAAAACUGCGCCGAAGCCUCCGCCAAAGACUGCGCCAAAGACUGCGCCAGAUGGAAGUGAUGACUGGAAGUCAGAGCCGAGAAUGUUCCGGUUUUUGCAGGAAUUCCCGGGCUUCUCGGGGCCUGCUCCGGGUCCGGAGGCGGCUUUCUGGACAGAUGCUGCACUGAGACAGUAUUUCUUUUCCAACGGCUAUGUGCGUCCUCGCGCUGGACAUGAAGGCCGGCUUUCCGCCCAUUUCCGCACCCUGGGCCUGUCCGACACUGCCAGUGCAGAGGCGGUGCGCAAGGCCUACCGUGCUCUCGCCUUGAAGCAUCACCCGGACAAGUCGGAGGACAAGAGCGGUGUGGACUUCCAACGGGUGCAACAGGCCUACGAUGCGCUCGCCCAAGCAGGGCGCCUGAGGCCUGAGCCUUCGGAGUGAAGCUAGGGC